AUGUUAGCCUCUCGUGUCAUGGCCCCGAUUGUCGCAAUCUUUUUUCAAGUGGAUCAUAAUAGGGCGAUACAAGUCAGGAGUUUAUCCCAUGUGGCCGAAUUAUUAUCUCCGAUGGUGGAUAGUAAAUCGAGCCUUGAUGUACGUAUCAUUUCAGCCUUUGUCUGCAUGACUAUGAGGACCGACGAGGUAUUUCUCAGGACAGCUGGUCUUGGAGUGUUGGUUCUUAGCGCCCAGUUCGAAAUCAUCUACUUUCACCUAUUCGGUGCAAAAAUCGGUCGAGGCGUCGGUAUCGAUCGACGAGCGCAGCUGGGAGAAUUCGACCUCAUAACCCUCCACGACGGGUAUAGGAUUGACCAGGCACUCGUCCGAGGAUUUUGUUUUGAUCGUGAUGGGCUCCAAUACCUCCACCAACACGAUGACUUGAAUAACCCCUGGCUCCUCAAUUCCCGAAAAUUCGGUUUACGGCCCUCAAUCCUCUAG